UCUCUAUAGAGGGGUGUGAUUUACUUCUCUACGUAUAUGUUAUUAUAUACAAGCCAUCAUCGAGCUCCUAUGGUUCUCACUGGCUUAGAGAGGGCGCUGCUUGUACUAGUCACGGCCAAGUGAAGCAGGUCGACAUGAGCGGGACAGUAUUCAUGAUCCUGGUACUGCUUUUAGCUGCCGAUGCCUGGGUUUUGGCGAUGGAGCAGACUGAUGUGUGUGGGGGAGCGCAGUCUCAACUGGGAGACAAGUGUUUUCACUUCAUCGAGACGAAACUCACCUGGCCCGAAGCCAAGGCGUACUGUAAGGCGGAAUAUGGCGGAAUCCUGGCCCAACCAACAACCAAAGAGAAUGAGGAAAUCAAGACAUACCUGACGAAUCUUACAAAUAAAUGUGCCAACAAGGCGCUGUUCUGGCUGGGUGUGUUUGGAGUCGAGGAGUCAAGAACACAUGUAUACGCUGUUACAGGAAGUGUUAUCCAGUUCUCCGACUGGUCGAGAGGCAACCCGAGUUGGUCGCCCAGCAUGGUGGACGGUAGCCUAGAAACGUGUGUCGAGUAUCGCUGUGUUGCUGGCAAAAUCAAGUGGAAUGACAAAACGUGCUCUUCUCCCUCAGCCUUUGUCUGUGAGACCAGGGCAACGUCUGCAGCCAACAGCACUGCAGGUGAUAUUUCAUCGUCGACAAGCGAGAGAGUCAUUGAAUCCCAAACGAAUGACACAAUUACAGAUUUGUCAGGAUGUGGCGAGGCACAGUUGCGUGUUGCCAACAAAUGUUUUCAUUUCAACGACUAUGGCCGAACAUGGGAGGAAGCAAAGGUAACUUGUCAGGAGGUGUACGGGGGAAUGUUGGCCCAACCAGACACUGCUGAGAACAAGGCAAUCAAGGACUACGUGAUGGGAGUGACCGAUCAAUGUCAGAACAUGAGGUCAUACUGGUUUGGUAUGAACCAAAACUCCAACACAUCGUGGAUCUUCGCUGCGGGUGACGACCCCCCAACCUUUUUGGAUUGGCACCCUGAUGAACCGAGCUAUUAUGACAAUAACCGUAAUCCGGAAGGAUGUGUUGAAUACCAGUGUCUGGCGUACAGAGGAAGCAUCGCAUGGAAUGACAGAUCCUGCGAGCAUCAGGUGUCCUUCAUCUGUGAAAACACGGUGUCCACUCCCGCGCCAACACCCGCCACUACUCCAGCACCACAAUCAGUACCAGACGCAGGGGAGGGUGGAGCAACUUCACAGAACAACUCGUCUGACUUGCACAAUGGUCAGACACUGAAUGGAACUACAAAUAUGAAAUCCGAAUCGAACCAGCUGGAGGCCCUGAGACCAGCUGCAGCUGUUGGGGUGGGUUGUGUCAGUCUUUUGUGGAUGCACCGCAUGCUGUGAGGAGACAACUAAACCCCUGUGUACGUGGAGUCGUGUUCUUGUACCACGAAACAGUAAAAUUUGCUUUUAUUUCA